UGGCCUCGAGCUGAGCGGAUCGUAGAGAUCGUUGAAACUGCCGCGAAUCUCGUCUCUGUUGUUACAAACUUCUGUUAUAUUCUCCUGCGAGAUAUAAAAAAUAUAUAGUGUAGUUAACCGUAGAUAGUAGUACUCACCCGAUUAUUGAUCCUUGAUCCCUGAUCCUAGUUUGCAUGCAUUUCGUCUUGGUUAUUUGUGUUUGUGCCUGGUUUUUGUUCGCCUUUCGUCCAAGUCGCGUAAACUUAAUUCGACAUAGUUUAUCAACAAAUUAUCAUAAUGGAGGCAAAUUCAAAUCCCACAACUCCUACAACGGCGGUGGCUACCACCACAUCCACAUCCAGUCCAUCGCCAGCGGCGAGUACCAGCAGCAAAGGACACAGUCAAGCUGCCUCCAGUUGUUCUGCAUCCGCCUCCGCAUCGGCUUCCGCAUCCGUCACACAGUCACAGCUGCUGACCACAAGUCUGGAGUUGCCCAAGUCAGAGGAUCUGUACAAUCUGUCUCUGGCCAGCGGAUUAUCCGAGGGCCAGAGAUCACUGUCCGGUGCUCCAUCGGCCUCCUCCAGUCCCAUCAUGAGCCCUCAGGGCAAGAUCUUCGGACGGAAUGCAAAUGGAACAAUGAUCGCCACAUCGCGACCAGGCAACGAGGCGGAGGUGCAGCUGUACCGGGUUCUCCAGAGAGCCAGUCUGCUGGCCUACUACGACACCCUGCUCGAAAUGGGCGGCGACGAUGUGCAGCAGCUGUACGACGCAGGAGAGGAGGAGUUCCUCGAGAUCAUGGCUUUGGUGGGCAUGGCCUCCAAGCCGCUUCACGUCCGUCGUUUGCAGAAGGCUCUCCACGAGUGGGCCAACAAUCCGGGACUCUUCCAUGGUCCCAUGCUGCCGCAUUUGGGUCUAUGCGAAACGCCACCCAAACCUGCGUUGGUAUUCAAUCCGGACACCACUCCCGCCCUGCCCCGUCAGAAGUUCCCCUCGUUCAAUCCCUCGGGCUCUUCCUUCCAGCCCUCGCCGGUUCCCUCAACUCCCCUGCCCACUUCCGGUUCGGUUGCAGCUCCUGUCGGCCCCUUGAUAAAUCAGAUCAUUUGUCCUUCGGUUCCCUCGGUGCCCAUGCCUCCUGUUCUGCCCUCCACUCCGCUGACCAGUAGCCCCCAUCCCUCGGCGAACAGUAACAUGCCAGCUAGCACUGCCCACCAGGUGUCCUCCAGUUCGCCUCAGCUCACACCUGUUCUGACUGAGAUGCAAAUUCAGAGGAUAACGAUGUGCGCCGAGAAGAUUGGUAAGCAAUUGCCUCAAAGGGAACCGCGUGCCCAGACCACCAGGAAGCGUACCACUAGGGAACUGGAGCAGGUGAUCGCCAUGGGGGAACAGGAUCCGAGGCGAAUGGACGAGAUCCGUAAGUACUCCGCCAUUUAUGGUCGUUUCGAUUGCAAACGGAGACCGGAGAAGCCGCUGACCUUGCACGAGGUGUGCGUCAAUGAGGCAGCUGCCCAGUUGUGUCGGAAUCCUCAAACGAUUUGGCUAUUGACCCGCCGGGAUGAACUGUUCCCCCUGGCCAGGCAGAUUGUCAAGGACGCCGGCUUUGGCCACUCUGCCAGCAUUGCCCGUUACGGUGGUCUGCUAACUCAGCUGCCGUCACAGGGUGCGGGCUUGGGCGGAGGUCGAGCUCCUGGGGACACGGACUGCGAGUCCAGUGAUGCCGUCUUGCCAGCAAAGCGUCAGCGACUCUCCUCCACGGAAGCCGCCCAGCUGCCACUCGACAUGAACCGGGAAGCUGUCGAGGAUUCGCGCUACAAUCUGUUUGCCAUGUACCAAAAGUUCGCCAAGCCGCCGUUCGAUCUUACGGAGAUUGCCAAGUUCUCACUUGGCAAGGCAGCUGACUAUGAGGACAACGAUUCACGCUUCUCGUUCAGCAACUCCAGUUCGCCGACCAUGCCAACGCCCUGCAAUGGAAUGGAAAAUGAUCGAUCGCCAGUCUCCCGGCAGAUGGAUACAUCCUCACCACCCCGGGAAUCUGUGGACUUAAGUAGCACCUCUUCGGGUCCGGCUCUCAGUGGGGUCCAGGUCAUAUCGGCCGCUGGGGACAACAUCAUCGCAGUGGCCAAUCCCGCUCUGGCACUUAGUCCAACGUUGAACGAUGUGCUGUCCCUCAAGAGGAAUACCGCUUCACCGGAGACCUAGACUGGCCAAGAUCAAAGGGAUGCCAUUCGUAGUGCCAGAUUUGGUUUCGCCCAAGUCGUUUCAAUUCCAGUGCAAUUCAGUUAGUUAAGAUUGAUCUAAGGGUAAACUUGGUUUAAGAAGUCUUAAGUCAAUGAUUAGUUCGUAGUCUCUGUGAUCUAUACUAAACACUGUAAUAAAAUCAUUAUUUAUCCAUCAAUAAAAAGUUCUAAUAAUGUUAAUGCUUGAAGAUAAUUGAUGGGUUUGGGGUAAAUGGAUAUCUUAAUCUUAC